CGCGCAACGUCGUUUGGGUAAAAUACCCAGGUACAGCCAACUUGGCUGUACCCCCUGCCAUUGUUAGGCGCGUGGAACCCACGCGCGGGUAAGCAAAUAUUGUGGCACGUGAUGGGAAUAAAUUUCGCGCAAGAAUCGCCUAUAAAUACAAAAAAAAAAGAGGAAAAUCAUUUCGAAAACCUUUCAAAUUCUCAGCACGCAAAAAUUUUUCUCUCUCCUCUGCCCACUCUUCUACUUCGUUGUUUUCUCUCUCUUAAAACCGCCAUUAAACUUCCUGCAACCACCUCAAUCAACUUUCUCUCUCUUCAAACCGCUACUAAUCUUCAUUAUUAAAGCUGAAUUUCCACAAAAUAUCAAGAGAAGAAAUCUGUGACUUCUUUUUACUGAAAAAAAAGAGAAAAAUGGAUGUUCGUGACGAAAUUGACAUGAACAAGCUUCAAAAUCCACCGAAAAGCAAAAAAAAAACGAAGAUGCCGAAAGAAAAAAAGGAAACGACUGGAAGAUCUAGUGAAGAGCAAAAAAUCGGGAAUGCAAAGCAACCAGACAUGAAGGAAACUGGAAAAUACGAAAUUGAGAAGGAAAUUGAAGCUGAAAAGCAAAUAGACACAUUCCAAGAACAACCACAAAGGUUAAUACUCAAAUUUAAGCGAAGACCAACUAAAUCCCAGCCAGAGGUUCAGAAAGUAUUAAGUGAAGGAGAUGGGAAGGCAUGUACAACUUCUGAGACAGAAGUUCAAAAACCAUUGAGUGAAGGAGAUAAGAAAUCUUCAUCAAAAUCACAGCCUGAAGUUCAAAAAACAUCAAGUGAAAUAGAUCAAGAAGAGUCUUCAAAAUCUUUGGUACAAAGAAAGAUUGCUACAAAAAAUAGGGGCAACAACUUACUGAAACAACUUACUUCCUUAUUCACUGCGAAAGGAAGAAAUGUUCAAUGUUAA